AUGAGUACAGAAGCUGGAUCGGGAGAAGGGAUGUCGGUUAAGAUGUCGAAGAUCAUGAUGCUCACAGAAUAUUAGUUAAGUAUAUAGUGUAGUUCUGUUCACAACCAUAGAACUGAGCAUUCACUGGAGACGUUGCACAGGGCUCCGUCCUGCCUUCGAAGGUGAGACCUCUGGGGCUGACAGGACCACGACAGCGCCGGCGCUUAGUUCGUAGUAGAUAAAUACUUGCCUGCCAUUUCUUUUUUCGGUUUUUGUUUUUUCUAGUUCUUAGGGCUGCUCCACCAACAUAUAUACUGUUGUUCUGUAGGAAAGAUCCAGUAGAUUUUGUUUUUUUUGCUUGUCAGGAUGAAGUCUAGUAAGUCUCUGUUGUUUUCCCGCGCUCACCUCCCUCUACUUGGUGCCCUCUCUACUCCCUCACGACCUCUUCCUCAGCUAAUCAUUCGAGGACGCAGGAGACCUCGCGCUGUCUAGACCUGAAGCGGGAGAGUCAUGCGAUGCGUUGCGCUGACCCUAGAGGGUGCAGCAGGCGCAUACCCUUGGACGAGAAGGCGGAGUUGGCUAGGCAAAUGGGCGACUACGACACAGCCCGUCAUCUACAGCAUUUGCGGGAUGACGAACUGCAGCGACGGCUACUCGAGCGGAAUGCAGAAGAGAAGGAACGGCAAGAACAGAUGAAAACAACUUCUAGAAUGGUUGAUGAAGCAGAUUCUGAUUCUGUCGAGACUGGUGGGAGAAGUAGGACCACUGGACCUGGAGAUCCUGCACGACUUGAUCAGUCCUCGUCUAGUACCUCCACACCAGUUGGGAGCAGCAUUCCUUUAGGCACGACCACCGUCGAUCAAAGUGGUGCCACCAGGAGCAGCAUUCCUUUAGGCACGACCACCGUCGAUCAAAGUGGUGCAACCACACAACAGCAACUUUCUUCUUCUUUCCAGCCGGGUGAUGCUGUUUCGUUUCUCGAGGUUUCUUCUUCAUCAUCUUCUUCCGAUCAACAGACGAGUGCGCAGGAGCAUGUUGUAGUAGGAGAUGGGAAUCACGCCAAUUAUCAAGGGGCGCAUGAUGAUCUCGUAGAUCGGCCGCAUCAUGAUGAUGAACAUAUUAGCGAAGUCGAAGGAGAUCGUCCAAUCGCCAUGUUCCCGCACCAGAAAAAUCACGCAAAUACGCAACACAUGCUGCGCGAGCGCGUCAACCAGAAUAUGGACAGCGAUUUCCUGUCGCAGUUCAUCCUACGUCUAGCUUACCUAGCAGAGGCGGGUCGUGAUUAUUGGCAGGGCACAUCUGCCUCUAAGUCCAGUAUGCUGACUCAGACAAGACGCAACCACAAGAAGAUGGGUCAACAACAUCGUCCAGGAGGAGCUUCAAAAACUACAAGAAAAGGUGCAUCAUCUUCAUCUAUGCUGAAAACACCAACUAGUAGCAAAGACUCAAGAACAACAGCGUCGAGCAGUAGCUUCGCAAAUGUUCCGCCAUCAGAAGCAACCUCAAGAAGAACGAGUAGUUCUUGGUGGAGUCGGGCAAGGAAUCUCAUUCGAAAUUACGUCUUUGGCGGACUUGAAGUAGAGGAUCGACAAGUUCCCAAUGCAGCACUUCCACGAGGACCACGAGUUGUACCAUCAACAGGAGUAGAGGAGAAGACAUCUACUUCAACAUCUACUUCAGUGUUAGACAUUCAUCAACGCGAACAAGAACGAAUAAAAAUAACAGUCUCAACUACACAAGAUGCAGGAGAAAAUGUUGGAAGCUCAAGUUCUUCUUUUGGGGCAAAUGGUGAAGUCGAAAGAGAAACAAAUAGAGGUGUGGCAGACAGGAGUUCUACAACAACUACAGCAUCUUCUUCGUCCCUUCUGUCUGAAUCGGCAAUGCCUUUGCCUCUCGCACUGAAUUCGCCAAGCGUCGCGCAUGUAGAACAGGCUCCAAUCGUGGAAGACACACCAACACCUCCUUCUGGUGGUCUCUCAAGUACAACCGGAGAAGGUGGCACAUCAACUUCACAGCCAGUUCCUGGUGGGACAACCAGUGCUGGCACAACGGGACCUCCUCCUGACAAGAACAUCGAUUUCGACACGGAGGUUGGUGGCGCUUUGAGAGGUAAUUUGCGCGAAGUGUACUUCCGAAAGAUACGCGGCUCUGGCGCGUUCAAACACCGUGACUACGAUUUUUUUACGCUGGGCAAGAUACUAGAACUGGCAAGAAUCAACCUCGACGAUCUUACAGGGGAGGUGAAAACCGUAGAUGAAGACGAGGAGGAAGAUGACAACUACACUGAUACUGAUGAAGGUGAGGAGGAAGAUGACCCUUACCGUCCCAGUGGAGGUCCUCGUGAUGAUAUCAGUGAGAAGGAAGAUGACCCUUACCGUCCCAGUGGAGUGGACGUCCCAGUGGAGAAGGAGAUGAACUACAACAUUGUUGGAGCUGCUGGAGGAGGAGGGUCGAAUCAACAUGAUGAACAAGGAGGUACUAGAGAUACUUCUCCUGCAUCAAGCACGAAAAUGGCAGAAGGUGGUCCUAAUCAUGUUCUUGGUAAAAAUGAAGACAGUACUAGUACAACUUCUAGUGGAGGUCAAAUAUAUCCACGUGCUCCUCCUGUUGUCCAAGAAGGAGGCAUGUACUCAGCCAGCUCGAGAACGUCACCAAGACGUAGGAAACCGAAGAAAAAACGUCUUCUACGACGUCAGGAACAAAAAACAGCACGAAAAAAUUCUGGUACAAGUCCUGCUCGAGGUUCUGGUACGCACAGAAGCAGCCCCCGAGGUGCAGAUCAGAUUGAGAAUCAAAUUUACGGGAGGAGGGUCAUACAUAUUUCAUAUUUAUAAUUUAGAGCACUUCCUAAGAUGGAUGAUGGCUUGCAUGGAUUGCAAUGCAUUGCAUGGAUGGCAUGGCCAGGCGGAGCGAAGGCGUGACCUUUUUAAAGGGGAAGCGCCCACUUCUCUGCUUGAACGCAGCGCCCCGCCUGACAAGGCCACGGGAGGGCCGUUGCCUUGCUUAUCUCGUUUUGCAUUGCCCGCCCGCGGAUAGGGGGGCCGUUUCUCGUAGGGGUGAGGCCGCGCGUGGGCUCCCUUUCGGUUCGAGCUGGCUGCAGGGAGGACGCAGAGCGCCUAACGCCUGGCCGCGUUGGAGAUGCCAGCGAACUAGCCUAGAUAUUCGCAGCUAGAUAGAAGCCGGGCCCCUAAGUAAGUGCGUGGUGGUCGAUGGGCGUAAGUGCCUAAGGCGUUAGGUUAUGGAGCCCCCCACUGCCCCCCGGGAUGGCAUUGCCAUGCUUGCGACCAGUGUGCUUGCAGUAUAUUGAUGCUUAUACUUUUUCGCUAUGGGCCCGCAUUAGAAGUAACAGGAAUGCAGUGGCGUCUGACUUUCAGUCUAGCCUUGGACUGCACGCGGCAAGUGCGCUAGUUUUCUUGCGUGCACAGGCUACGGCGCGUCUCUAUGGUCCCCUGCGUUGCCGGCGUUGGGGAGGUGGUCUCUGGGGGGGGUGUUCUGACUGUAGCCUGCGUAUGCUGCGCCCGGAUGCGAAUGCUUCGAAGUUGCUUGUGCCCAAGCUGCUGGAAGGUGAAACUUGACUACAGUGAGUGCGGACGAUGGCGCCCUCGGGCGCCCCGAAAGAAAAACCUUAGUUCUAAAUAGUGCCAUCCAUUGCCAUGCAUGCAAUCCAUCCCAUGCAUUUCAGAGAUCCGGAAAGCGCGAAACUCUCUAUUAUAUGUUCUAGUCCUUUCUACUAGUAGUUUAUAGUUACAAAGUAAGUACGCGCAAAAACCAAAUCUACCAAUUAUAUAGUCGUAGAUUCAAGUUCCCCUCAAGGCACUGCGCACAGCCAUUCAAUAUUCUUGCCUUCCUUCCGAAUUCGACAUCUACAAGUUGAGAGUGAAAGUAUGCAAGAAAGGAAUAUAAUGUAAUGCUGUACCCGUAACCGUACGACCCGGACCUCCCACGACCUCUAAUAAAGAACUCUCCAGGAUGACAGACGCACUCCCUGGGAAUUCACUGGCUUUCCCCUUAAAACUCUGAGAGUCCUGGCCCGUUGAUUUGUGCCCCUUGUGGUUCACCUUGCUCGCCCUUAAAACCCUGACGUCAGACCUCGACUUUUGCCGAUCAUUAAUUUAGAUAGAAUGCUGUACCCGUAACCGUACGACCCGGACCUCCCACGAUGUCUAAUAAAGAAGUGAUGACAGACGCACUUGGCGGGAAACAGGAGUCGCAAUCCAGAUGGACGUGGUGUGGACCAAUCUAGUGCCAUGGGGAAGCACCUUCGGAUACAAGCCGAUUUCCUAUACCUACAAUUAUGUUGGUCUCUCUGUUGUACAACUUAUGUUGUGUACUGAAGUCAUCUCCUAGUAUUGCUACGUCGAAUCCAAAAUAUAAUCUAUGAUCAUCUUCCUACAUGUACUAGAUUUAGGCAUGUCAUCUUCUAACCUGAAUUCUCUCGACUACCCGCUGACGUCGAUAGUAUGGAGUAUAGGAAAGUGAUGACGGACCUGGAACUUGGAGUGGACGCGGAAGGGAGGCAGCAUCGAUGGUUGUUUCGAGGACACGGAGUGGCGAUAACUGCCAGAAUCAGCGGAGAAUAUGCUCAGUUCAAACCCCUGUACUUCAGCAUUUUGUGUUUAUGAGAAAAUGAGAUUGAGUUUUAGAUUGGAGUAAUUACUACUGUCUAGACUACUUCAAGAAAAAAGUUGUUGGGAAGAAGGACUGAAAGGCGGUCUAUAUUAUUAUGUAAUAGAGAGGACCACAAAGACAAGUAGGUGUAGUAUUUGAUGAAUUGUUGAAUGUUGUCAACUAUGAGAAUCAUAAUGUGGUUAUUUCUGAUUCAUCUCUAAUCCUCCUCUCCUUUAUCGGAAUGGCAUGUGGAAUCCAGGCGAUGAUGGACUACACCUUGGUCUACCUUCUACCAGAAUCAAGCAGCUAUUUUCCUUAUGGACAGUUUACUUCAAAUUCAACAAAACUACUUUUUUCUGGUACAGCACAGUGCUUCUUACAUCUAUUUCUUUUUGCACAGCCACACCGAGAUACUUAUACUUACAGUUUCUACAACCUCCACACCGGGUUACUUGCUACUUGUUAUCUCUAUGCUCUAAUCCCUCUUGCUUUUCGAUACAAAAGUAGCGAAAUCUGCGGCGAAGGCAGCACAAGCCACUCUGGACAAGCAGCAAGAAAGAAAAACGAAUAAGCGAAGCCGGGAUCAAGCCGGGCUGUGAUGUUGAGGCUUUGGAGAAAACAGAUGAAGCGUCGGAAAUCGGAAGCAUAGAGACGUGGAAGAAUGUUGUAAUGAGUCUUGUGGGGAAGCGGAAAGGAGAAAGAGGAAGAGAACGAGAGGUAAGACAGUCGUGUAUGAAAAGUGUACAGUUGUUGUACAAGAAUUUUUUUCGUACUCGUUAGAAUUAGAAGUAGAACUACUACAAUUUCGAGAUCAAGGAGAAGGACUGAGUUUGAGUCAUUUUUCAAUUUUUGAACAACCACGAAGAUAGUUUCCAUUUCGUUUGAACUAACACACAACUGCAACAUUCCAGGACUUGACCAGCAGAACUACAACUGUUAUCAACAACACUCCAAGAGAGGGGAAUGAACCGUUGCACGUAGAUUCCUGAGAUAGAGGUGCAUCGAGAGCAGACCACGAC